AAGGGAGCUCAGUAGCCGCGCGGCCAGCGCGCAGACCGGUUGUUAGUUAGGUCUACGUCACUUUGUCUGGCGGCAGAAAAAUGUCUUGCAACGAAGAAAAAGAAGUUUUAAUCCGCAUGAUAGACAUGUACAGGGACAUGUCUUACUUAUGGCAGAGAGACCAUGAACUUUAUAUGAACAGAGAAAUGAGAGCAGAAGGCUUAAAAGUCCUACUAGAAGUGUACAAACAAUUUGAUAAAGAUGCAGACAUAACAAGAAUAAGAAAGAAACUUGAAAAUUUGCGUACAACUUACGUAAAAGAGUUGAAAAAGGUUAGGGCAUCAAAGCAAACAGCUGCAGAUGAAAACGAAAUAUACGUACCAACUCUGUGGUAUUACGAUCAUCUAAGUUUCCUGGAGAGUACAGUAGAAUAUUGUCGUAUUGAACCUGACGCUUAUGAAAAUGAUAGUUCAUCGGUGGACGAAGAAACCGCAAUUGUUGCCAAUUCUAGCAGCAGUCAAAAGAAAAGAAUGAAAAAAGUGCCCCUGAUACCAAAACAAGAAAAUAUUUUUUUACCGAUAGAAGCAUGUAUGGUUCAACAAUUACCUGUAGAGACAUGUAUGACUCAAAAAUUACCUGCUGAGACAUAUAUGACUCAAAAAGACGAAGAAUUUGAAGUAUAUGGACGAUCUAUUGGCUUUCAAUUGAAAGAUUUGAAUAAGCGACAGUUGACGAUCGCACAAAAAGUUAUAUCAGAUAUUCUAUUUUACGCUAAACUUGAUCAACUUACUGAAUCCUCUUACGUUGUUUGUAGACCAUCAAACGAAUCUGAAGCUAGUCACAGCGGAUUUCAUCAAAAUAAGUUUUAUACGGUGCCUAUUAUAACUUCACAGCCAUCUAAUUGUUCUUCACCUUCACCAUCGCACCAAACCCAAUCACCUUAGAGUUCGUCACCAGACUAUACUUAGUGGCAUCGUUUAUUCCAACACAUUCUACAGAUGCAAACUCAGUGCCACUGCCUUCUAUUAGAAA